CCGGCUCUCCCAGUGACCGGCUGCGCCGGCCCCGCCGCCCUCACAGUCCCGUCGGCGGACGCGUCCGCAGCAUGGCCGGCCUGGCGCGGCCGUGCCCGGGCCCGCGCGCCGCGAUGCCCGCCUGGAAGCGGGAGAUCCUGGAGCGCAGGCGGGCCAAGCUGGCCGCCUUGGGCGCGGGCUCGGCGGCCGGCGUGACCCCCGAAGGCUCGGCGGAGUCACUGGUGCUGGCCGAGAGCCUGGGCCCGCUGCGCGAGAACCCGUUCAUGCGGCUGGAGUCGGAGCGGAGGCGUGGGGCGCGGCCGGCGCAGCCGCUGCUGGAGCUCUACUGUCGCGUGCCGGGUGUGCGCACCAUCCGCGCCGACAACAUCCUCAUCAUCGAGUCGGCGCCCGGCUUCCCGCCCGCCGCGCCUGCCGCUGCCGGCAUUCGCGCCGCCGAAGUGCUCGUGUUUGAGGCGCCGCCGCCGGGCCGCGUCAGCCGCCUCCUGGAGAAGUUCGACCCGACGGCGGCGCCGGGCCGCCGCGGCAGCCCGGAGCGCGCCCGGCCUGGGCCGCCUUCACCGCCGGCCCGCGGCCCGCGCGCGUCCGUCUCCCGGCCCGCCGCGCCUCCAGAUCCGCACCCCACGAACCCCGGUCCGGCUGCAUCCCCAAGUCCGCCACCCGCGCCUCCUGCUUCCCACACCGGCCAGCGCAACGCCUGCUUCGAGCCCGGGCAUCCCGGAGGCGGGGCCGGCCCCCGGGACCGGCGCAGCGACUUCCUGCAGAAGACCAGCAGCAACUCCUUCACCGUCCACCCCCGGGGCGUGCCCCGCAGUGCGGACGCGCGCCCGCCCCCCAAUGGGCCCGCGAUCCCCAAGCCCCGAGUUGGCUCUGCCAAUGGGCUCCGGGGCCCCGCGCCCGUACCGAGAGAGUGGAAUUCCGAAUGGAAGCCAAAGGUGGAGUCAGGGGAGCCCCCGCUCCGCCCGCCCCCAAGUCCCGGGACAUCGAGUGCCACUCCAGCCGCGUCCACUGCCUUCCCAGCCCACGUGCCCAGCCCUGCUAGUGCCACUGCAAGCCAGCGUCAGUGGGUCUCCUCUGCCACCAGCGCCAACAACUCCUUCGAGAUAAAGCCGGCCCCUAAGCCAGACAUGGACACCAUCCCUUUGGGGGAUCUCCAAGCCCGAGCCCUGGCGUCGCUCCGUGUGAACUCCCGGAAUUCCUUCAUGUUCAUCCCCAAGUGGAAAGUCUCUGAAGCCGCUCCUUCCGAAGGGAGACAGUCUGUGGAGCUGCCAAAGGGAGCAGCAAGUCAGGUCUCUCAAAGCCAGAAGCUUGGAGCCCAGCUGGCACCCAGAGAGGAUGGUGCAUCUGCUCUGGGGAGGAGCCCCGAGGAGGUCAAAGUGCAGUGGGGUGUUGAUGCGGACUGUCCCCGGCCAGCCACUGCCCUCACAGACCGGGCUUCUAAAUGGCAAAGGCCAUCCUCUCCACCCCUCUUCCUCCCAGCCACUGCUGAAGCUGAGCCUACUGGGGACUUGGGGGUUCCUGGCUUGGCCAAGAAUGUCCAGGAGCCUGGGAGGCCAGGACUGCCUGUCACUUUCAUUGAUGAAGUGGACUCUGACGAGGAGGACCCCCAAGAAGCCAAACUGCCCUGCUCAGGGCCUGGUGUGCCUUCCCAGUACCACCUACACCCUGUCCAGCCUGGGAACAUCUCAGCACUCCAGCACCGGGGCAAUAACACCUUCACGGUGGUACCCAAGAGGAAGCCUGGGUCUCUGCGGGAACUACACUUCCAUCGGGCCAAUGGGGAGCCCGAACUACAGGAGGGUGAGGAAGAAGAAUCCAGUAGCCUUUUGGGGCCCCAGUCUGCCCUAAAAAUCACGUUGAAGAAGCGCUACCCCACUGUGCAUGAAAUCGAAGUGAUCGGUGGCUACCUGGCCCUGCAGAAGUCUUGUCUCCUCAAGGCUGGCUCCUCCAGAAAGAAGAUGAAGAUCUCCUUCAAUGACAAGAGCCUGCAGACUACCUUCGAGUACCCCUCUGAGAGCUCCCUGGUGCAGGAGGAGGAACUGGAUGCUGAGCACGAGGAAGAGGAAGGUGAAGAUGGAGAGGAGGAAGAGGAGGAAGGUCCCAGUACUGAGAAGCCCUUCACCCUCUUCCUGCCCCGGGCCACAUUUGUGAGCAGUGUGGGGCCCGAGAGCCCCCAGCUUCUGGACAGCAAGUCAGGUCUGUCCAGCUACACUCCCAAGCACUCCUUGGCCUUCAGCAAGUGGCAGGAACAGACACCGCUGCAGGCUCCAUGCGAGGUGGAGCCCCCGCCGAAGGAGGUCAUGCUCACACCUGCCAGUCAGAAUGACCUCUCGGACUUCCGCAGCGAACCAGCCCUUUAUUUCUGAUCCUCAGCUGUUAGGCUGGGAGCUGGACAGUGCCCAGUUCUGCCUGUAUCCUACACUCCCUUCCAGGGGCUGGGAUGUGCUGGCCUGGGAGGCAGCGGGCCUCAUGCUGUUAACUCCAGGUUAGGGGCUCUAAGAGUGGUGACAGGGAGAUGCCUGUGGGGAGGGCCAGCUCCUGCUGGAUGGUGGCACACCUGUGACCAGGAACUGUAGGCUGCCCUCUAUCCUGCCAAGGCUGUCUCCCAACCCCUGCAUGCGGGGCCCAGCUCUGUCAGGCAUGCCCAGGAAGAGCUGCUAUUCUUUGCAGGACCCCAAGCCCCCACCCUCAGCUCACAUUCCCACCCUUUCUGACCUAUGGCAACCUUUUCUUGCCUCUGAUAUCAGACUCAAUAAACAGCACUGGACAAGGCC